UGCGCCAGUUUCCGUGGUCGCGUGGGUGACAGUACGUUGUCGUCAUCGUAGACGGGAUUUCGCCGAAUUAUAGAUUUAAAGAUCAUUCGUUAAUGAACUCGGAACCACUGUCGGAGCAACUUACCGACUGACAACACUGAACCGACCAGUUUCACGCCAGACGUGGCCGCUAGCGCGCGCUUCGCUCGACCGAGAUAAACUUUACCGAGCUCAUUGUUAAAGUUCGUGAAUUAAAAUUACAAAUCUAGUGUUUUAAAGUGAAUUUGGAGUUUCAGCAGCUAUUUAUAACUUGGAGGUUGCUACUUUAAGUUGAUUUUAACGGGUGCAAGUGAAUUUAAUACACAAUGUCAAACCGGACGACCCCUAAAGACGCCAAGAGCCCGGUGGGCCUGGACCUGAACGACAUGGAAAUGAUCUUCGGUACUCCGACCUCUCCUAAAAAUGGAAAACCAGAAGUCCACAUUAAUAUCACAAAUGAAAAGAACCCGGGGAAGGAAUCGUCGCCGACUAACAACAACAGGCCCGCCGACAAUGGGGCCGACGCGCCGCCCUCCACGCAGCCGCUACUGGAGCCCCACAAGGACAAGCCCAUCCCCCCUCUAGCUGACAGCGUGUGGAGAAAAACUGAACUUCACAUUAAGAAUGUGGAGACUGCUUAG